CUUUCUUCCAUUGACAUAUAUAUGAUGAGACUUGAUCCUUUUCCACGAUUCUCAGAAACUUUGGGUGCAGCAGUUAGUAAUCCACGUGUAGCUUUAUUUGCCAUUGUGAUGACCAAGAUCUGUUUGGAUCGUAUUUAUAAUUAUGCUUCUUGUUUUAGAUUCUUCUGGUAAUGAAACUUUGGAUAUUCUUGAAUAUCAACAUCCUGGUACAAGUGAAAAAGUAUAUGAAUAUCUCAAUAGUUAUGGUGUGAAAGGUCGAUUGGCCUAUCAAACUUUAUUGAUGUAUGAUUGUUUCUUCUUAUUAUGUCGAACGGUUCCUUUAUGUUUAUUGGUUCAAUGGGCUUUCCAAUCGGCACCAAGAUGGUCGCGUCCUGGUGUAUGGCUUCCUUUAUUGACGACGUUUGUGGAUUUGACAGAAAAUGUAUUGAUUUGGUUAUUACUCAAGACAUUCCCUCAUCGAUUGGAUUUCUUAGGACAAAUGACAGCUUGGAUGAUCGAAUUGAAAUGGAUUCUGUUCUUUAGUACCGUGGCACUUGUAUGCAUAUCAGGUUUAGUUGGCAUUUAUUAUAGUUUUCAUAGUAUGUUGGCUAAUAGUGUUUUGAUGGAAAAAGAUCGACAAGAAAAAUUACGUGCUCGUCAACAUGUGACUGAUGUACUUCAACGUACACAAUCAACAAGUAAUGAUAAAAAGAAGAAAUAACAUAGUAGUUGAUUUAGAAAUGAUUGAUUUAGAAAUAAAAAAAAAAGAGACAACAAUAUUUUUUUUUUUGGUUGGUUACACAUGCGGAGUGAACCUUGGCACUGCUUUUUUAGUUUAUUUGGAUGUAUCACUGGGUUUUUUUUUUGGAUUUUUCUUCUUUUUUGUUUGGAC